AUGGCUGAUAAAGUAAUAUUUGUACUAAAGCAGCUUCUGCCAAUAACAAAAUCAUCUGUUGUUAAACAGUCUAUAAAAAGUAUUGAUUAUUCUAAGAAAAAAAUUAUUGCCCCAUGCAAAACAAACAUUAUCCGCAAUAUAUCAUUCUAUGUAGACCAGAAAUUAAAUUUUCAACAGUUGGAACCAAAAACAAAGGAUAAAAGGAAAUUACUACUAAAUCAAAAACUCCCAUUGGAAUUAUUACCGAAGACUUUUACGUUCCGUCGAAAAGACCCACCGAAAAAAGGGAAAAAACGCGUACCAAAAUUGAUAUUGCUUCAAAAUCCAUUUAAAUGGUUAAUGAUAAAAAUCGAUUUUAGUGUUUUGAAAAACGUUUGGGAUCCAACGUUCCAGGAAAAAGAGUUUAAAUUUGGUACAAAGCAGGCAAUAUCUCGUGUGACUCAAGUAAUAAGUGAAGGUCAUUAUGAAGAACUCAAUGGUCUUCUUACGAAACCAGCUCGCUUAAGUCUACUCCGUGAGCUGGAUCGCAAUUGGAAUGAUAGGCAACGAGUCCUGUUAGCACUAAAACAUGAGGACAUACAAAUUUCUUCGCCACGAAAAGUAUACUUCAUACGAAUUGCUGAUAAAAAGUAUUGUGACGUCGAUAUGUCGUUUUUGGCACUCAAAUGGGCACCAAUAAAUAGCGUUGAAGCGUUGAUUUUUACAGAAAUAUUUGCAAGAUUUCAUCGUGAAUAUAGCCCAUAUUGUAUUCCAGAAUGGACUAUCGUUUAUUUUAAGGUAACUCGUUUCGAAGUCUUACGCCGGUGA